AUGAUAGGGGGUAAGUAUUUAAAUAUAAAAAUUUUUGGAGACAAACGUAAUUCAUUAAAUAGUAAUAAAACUUGUGAUAAUACAUUAAAUAAUAAUGUAAAUUAUAUAAAAAGAAAAAAACAUAAUGAAAAAAAAAAAAAUGAUAAAAAUUAUGAUGAUAAAAAUUAUGAUGAUAAAAAUUAUGAUGAUAAAAAUUAUGAUGAAGAAUAUAUAAAAAAAAGGAAAGCCAAACAAGGAGAAUUAUUAAAUAAUAUAGACAAAAAUAAAAUAUAUAGAGAUAAAAAGAUUAUACAUGAAGGAUGGUUAAAUAAAUGGACAAAUAUUAUUGGAAGUUAUAGACCUAGAUAUUUUAUUUUAGAAAAUGGGUUAUUAAGAUAUUCUCUUGAUAAAUAUUCUCCUACUAAAGAAUCUUUUGUAUUAACACAUUGUAAGAUUAAAGUAUGCCCAGAUGAUCAAUUACAUUUUGAAAUAGAUUCAAGUGAACAAGGAGUAUUAUAUUUAAAAGCUAACUCACCAGAUGAUAAACAUAAAUGGUAUAUCUCUUUUAAAAAAGCCCAACUAAUUUAUAUACAUGGUAAUAAUCAUAAAACCAAAAAACCACAUUAUAACAUAUCAGAUGCCGUGGAAGGAUUUAAUAUGUCAAGUAAUUCUUUAUUUUUAAAAAAUAUUAUUAAAAAUUCCACAGAAUGUAUUAAAAGGGAAGAUCAACAUUUGAAUCAUCCUAUAGAUAUUAAAAAUCACACAAAAAAUGUAUUAUCAAAUAAUAACAAAGAAAUAAUAGAAAAUAAAAACUUAGAUUGUCUUGUUAAUAAAAAUCAAGAAUAUAUAAAAGACAUGGAACAUAACAAUAUUAUAAAAAAUAUCAUAUAUGAAAGAAAUAAUACAGAUAUGCCAUAUGAUAUAAAAGAUAUACAUAUGCCAAUUAAUAAAAAUUAUAAAAGUCUUUCUUAUUGUGAUAAUAAUAAUAUGUCAUCAUAUAAUGAGAAAAAUAAAAAUUCGUCAAAUAUUAAUUUUAAAUCAAAUGAAUAUAUUUUUUAUAAAGAUGAUAAUAUUGACAAAUUAUCAUCUUCAUCUAGUUUUGAUACACCUGAAUUUAUUGAAAAAAUGAAUAGUUAUAAUAAAAAAUAUAAUUUAGAAGAAGUAUUUAUUAGCUCAACAGAUUUUGAAGAUAAAACACCAACGUUAUGUUUAAUGAAGAAUAUAAUAUCUCUUAAAGAAAUGACAAGAGAUGUUUUAAAGAGUUCAGAAUAUUAUCAAACCAAAUCUAUAUUAAAUAAUAAAAUAAAAAAUAAUAAUAAUAAUAUAAAAAAUAAUAAUAUAAAAAAUAAUAAUAAUAAUAAUGAUGGUGAUAAUAAUAAUUUACAAAUAAAUAGUGAUGAAUUACUUUCCUUAUUAUCACAACUAUGCUCAUCUAUACAAUAUGCUCAUAUUAUUAUAGAGAAAUAUAUUCAAUGCACAGAAUUUUUAUUAAAAGAAGAAUCUAUACAUUCUAAGUGUAUGAAUCAAUCUUUGAAACUUCUCGCCAAACAAAAUUAUUAUCUUGAAAAAUCCCACGAAAUUAAUAAUCUUACACACUUAGAGGAAGAAAUAAAAGAUAAAUUAAAACAGUUUCAACUGUAUCAUCAAUGUGCUGUUGAAAGUGAAGAGGAAGAAGAAGAUAAAGACAUCUAUCCUUCAAAACAACAACAGCAAGAGGAUUUAUUUUUUGAUUGUGAUGAAUUUCUUUAUGAUAAAAAUAUUUCAUCAAAUGAUGUGUUUGAAGGUGAAUCCAAAAACUCUAUCAGCUUAUAUAGUAGUGAGGGAGAUAAAAAUGAAAUCUCACAUAAAAUAAAAAAUAUGAAAAUUUUAAAUAAAAAACCAGAUCAAAAUAUUACUAAUAACAAUGAUAAUAUGUUAACAACACAUAGUAGUAAUAAUACAGAUGAGCAUAUUAAUGAUCAUAUAGAUGAACAUGUUAAUGAUCAUAUAGAUGAACAUGUUAAUGAUCAUAUAGAUGAACAUGUUAAUGAUCAUAUAGAUGAACAUUUUUAUAAUUAUAUUAAUAGUGAUAAGGAAAAUGAAAACAUAUUCUCCUAUCAAAUAUCAGAUCAAAAAAAUUUAAAUAUAAAAAAUAAAUCUACUUGUAAUGAUGAUAAUAUAACUACUAUUGAAGAGGAAUAUACAACAGAUGUUUGUUUGAAAAACAAACUUAAUAAUAAACAUUCUAAUGAAACAAAAAGAAAUACUGUAAGCACAGAGGAUGAUAUUGCUAUGGGCGAUGUGAGGGAGAGUAUAAUAAUUUGUGAUGAUAAUAAAAAGGAUCAUUUUGUGUGUGAUGAUAAUGUGGAAGAUAAGGAUAUAAUAAGGAAUCAAAAUGAAAAUAAAAAUAAAAAUAACAAUAAUAAUGAUAAUAAUGAUAAGAAUGAUAUUUAUAUAAAGGAUAGGAAUAGGAAUAAAACAAAACAUGAAGAUAAUAAUAAAAAUGAUAACACCAGUUCAGAUCAUCAUACAUGUAAUAACGACACAUCAGAUAAUAAUCUUAAAAGUGUUACCUUUUCACUUAUUCCUAUGUGCAAUUCUCAAAAUGUAAAGGCAUUAAACUUUAAAGAUAUAGAAAUAUAUACAGAUAAAAAUAUUAAGAGAAGAAAAAAAUUACCUAGUCCAAGAACUGAAAUAAAAAUUAGUAUGUGGUCUCUUUUAAAAGAUUGUAUAGGAAAAGAUUUAUCACGUAUUGGUAUGCCUAUAUAUUUAAACGAGCCUUCAUCAUUUCUUCAAAGAUUAGCUGAAGAUUUUCAAUAUAUAUAUUUAUUAAAAUAUGCAUCGAAUGAAAAAGAAAGCACAAGUAGAUUAGCAUUUAUCACAGCAUUUACUAUAUCACCAUAUGCAUCAGUCAUUGGUCGAACAUAUAAACCAUUUAAUCCUUUACUAGGAGAAACAUAUGAAUUGACACAUAGAAAAUUCCGUUUUAUAUCAGAGCAAGUGGUUCAUCACCCACCUAUAACAGCAUAUCAUUGUCAUAAUGAAUAUAUGGAAAAUUUUGCAAGUAUUAUUACUAAUGUUCAUAUAUUAGGUAAAUCAGUUGAAGUCACCAUGCCUGGAUUUAGUCAUCUAAUUCUUAAAUAUAAAAAGACAGAUAUGUCAAAUAAUAAUAUAAAUGAUAAUAAGAUGAAGGAAGAAAAAGCAGAAUCACAUUUUAUUAAUAGUAAGAAUUUUGGUGAACAAAAGAAACAUAUGAAUGAUACAGAUUUGAAUAAGCAUGGAAUGUCUAAUGAGAUGGAUUUAAAAAGUGAUGGAUUGAAAGAAAAUGAAAAUGAAUUAUUAAAUGAUGAUAUGCAAAGGGAGGAGAAAAGAAAUAAUUGUAUGUCCGCUUUAAGUGAAGAAUUAUAUAAUAAGUGUAAGGAAAACCCCAAGAACAUAAAUCAAAAUAAUAAUAAUAAUAAUAAUAAUAAAAUGAAUGUUGAUAAUAAGAAUAAUCAUAGUUGUGAUGAUAUUUUGUAUGAGAAAGAACAUUAUACAUAUGAAAGAGCAAACAUGAUUAUUCACAAUGUAAUAUUUGGAAAUCUGUGGGUUGAAUUACAUGGUAAUAUAUUAAUACGUAAUCAUAAUAAUGGAGAUUUUUCAAUAGUCAAAUAUAUAAGAAAAGGAUGGUUUGAAAAAGAUAUUCAUAAUGUUAGAGGUGUUGUAUGUGAUAGAUAUAAAAAUAUAAUUUUUUUUAUUUAUGGCAAAUGGUCACAAGAAAUAUUUAUUGCAUAUGUAAAAGAUAUGAAAACUUUACAAUAUGAUAAUUAUUUUUUUAAUAGUGAUGGUAGUGAAAAUACUUAUCAUUAUAAUAAAAAUACAUUAAAUGAUUUUAUUAAUAAUAUCGAUUGGCAAUUAUAUGAAAAUAAUAUAGAUAAUUUAAAUUCGAUAUGUGUAUGGAAAGCACAUAAAAAACCUCACAAUGCAGAUCAAUAUUAUGGUUUUAACUAUAUGACUCUUGAAUUAAAUGAAAUAACAAAAGAAUAUGAUAAAAAUAAAGGAGCAGCUAUUGCAUGUACAGAUAGUAGAUUCAGACCUGAUCAAAGAAAUUAUGAAAAUGGUAAUAUAGAUAUAGCUAUCAAUGAAAAACUAAGAUUAGAAAAUAAACAAAGACAAAAUGCAAAAAAAUAUAAUAAUAUAAAUAAAUAUCAACCCAAAUGGUUCUAUAAACAUAAAGAUCCUAUAUUUAAUGAUAGAGAUAUCUAUUUGUUUAAUAAUAAAUAUUGGAGAACCAAAGAAAAAAACCAAUUUUCCGAUACACCAGAUAUAUUUUGA